AUUGUAAAAAAAAAAUAGUUUAAACUUAGUGAAAUUGUCAGUGAGGUGGUAGACGUGAAAAACUAUUGUUAAUAAAAUAUUGGUGGCGGAAAUUGUGAUUUUUCUUCAUCGAAAAUUGCCCCACCACGUGCAACCUCGUGGUAGCUGUGUGCAGCAAAUUUUUCCUGGUGAAAAUCCAGAGCUGACUUGCGACACUGGAAAAAUUUUGUCCGUUCGACCACGGAUAUUUAGUGGACGGGCAGAUUACCCUAAUUUUUAUAUUUUUUCUACUAUUUCAAGGUGCGUACAGGGAAUCACAAUCAAUCCAUUUGAGCUUGAGGGUGGGCGCUGAUUUUCGCUAUCAUUUUUUUCUAUUUAAAAGGUUUGUGUGAUUGCACAUAAUUUUGUCCGUUCGACCACGGAUAUUUAGUGGACGGGCAGAUUACCCUAAUUUUUAUAUUUUUUCUACUAUUUCAAGGUUCGUUGGAAAAGGCACAGCUUGUGCAAGUGAUCUGGAACGUGGGGAUUUUAAUAUCUUUGUAUUUUCUUCUCAUUGAAAGGUGCGUACAGGGAAUCACAAUCAAUCCAUUUGAGCUUGAGGGUGGGCGCUGAUUUUCGCUAUCAUUUUUUUCUAUUUAAAAGGUUUGUGUGAUUGCACAUAAUUUGGUCCUUCGUGGACAGGGCCCAGCGCACUCAAUUGCAGUUCACCCCAGAUUCAAGAUGGCAUCUAUCGAAGCCAAGCUAGUUCGAUGCAACCUCCUAUCAGCUAUCGGCCGCAUCGAAGAUUACAUUGACAGGCUCAGCAAUGAAGAGAGGGAAUUCAUUGGGUUCAAGGGCAACCUGGAGACGCAGAUCAAGAUGGUGCGUUCAAUUAGGGAGAGAUUCGAAUCAGUGCAUGCGACUGUCACGGAUCAAUUGGAAGGGGAUGCAUUGGUGCUGGAAGAGAGGAAGUAUGCUCAGUCAUUCUACGCGAGAUGUGAUAAGCUGAUUGCGGCAAUCGAGAAGAUCAUCCUGGAGCUUCCUAGCACUUCGAAAGAUGAGGAGGAAUCCAAAUCUGCUUCGGCUACCUCAUCCGACCUCAUGCGCUUCAUUACAUCCUUCUUGGCACAAUCGGAACAGCGUCACCAACAGCAAAUGGACUUGCUCCUCAGCACUUUAUCAACAAACGCAGCAAGUACCAAUCCAAAUAGAUUUGCCCCUCCUGUCAAUAAACUCCCUCAAAAAGACCUCCCGCAUUUUGAUGGAAAAUUUAGCUCAUGGAUUUCAUUUAAAGACCGCUUCACGGCCUCAGUUAUUAAUUUCCCUGGUAUCAGUAAUGUUCAACGCUUGGAUUAUCUGAAAUCCGCUGUUUCUGGAGAUGCAUACUCCGCAAUUAAAAAUAUUUCCAUCACGGAAGACAAUUUUAAAGUUGCAUGGGAUAUCCUGAUUAAUAAAUUCGAACGCAAAAAUGAUAUUAUCAGUGACAAUAUCAAAGCCUUUUUUGCCAUGCCGCGCAUCACUGCCAAUAAUCCCAAUGCUAUUCACGAAAUCACAAACAUCUUUAAUGAGUCCACCAUGGCUUUGGACGCCAUGAAAGUCACUCAACGGGAUCCCUGGCUUAUCCAAUAUGCUCUUGACCGUUUGGAUUCGGAGUCGCGUAUUUUGUGGGGUCGUAAAAUAGGCAAUGAAGUGCCCAAUUUGAAGAUGUUUGGUGAAUUCCUCAAUCAAAGAUGCAUAGAUCAGCGGAACGCUACUCCAAUACCCACUAAGCCCAGUCAAAGUACCACACCUAACUCACGUCAAUCUCACAAUAAAUCUAUGCCAUCGCGCAAAUCCGCCAAUGCUCUCGCCACCUCAGCCACUUCCUCCAAUUGCCGUUUCUGCCAAGAAUCGUCACAUGCCUUAUACAAAUGUGCAAAGUUCUUGAGCCUACCCGUGGAGGAGAAAUUCCAAACCUCAUCCGAUUCUCUGUCGGAUGGCGGUGGUUCGCCUUCGGUUCUUGCCUUGAGUUAUUCACAUAAGAAUCAACCUGCCGAUUCUCCUCCGAAAGUCUUCUUAGCGACUGCCCUUGUGAAUGCUCUUACAUCAGAUGGAGAACCUAUCCCAUGUCGUCUUGUCCUAGAUGGCGCCGUUCAAAUAAAUAUCAUGACUUUCGAUUUGUAUUCUCGUCUCAAUCUUCCAAAAUUCUCUACGAGCUGCAACGUUUCGGGAAUCAACGAAAGUCGUUCCAAGGCAAAGUUUUAUGUUCAGAUGACUAUCCUUUCACGGACAUCUGACACUGCGUUCUCAUUCAAGUGCUUCGUGCUGCCCAAAAUUACAGGAGAUAUUCCAAAUUGGAAAGUUGACACAAAGGCUAUUCGACUGCCCCAUCAUAUUCAGUUGGCUGAUCCCGCAUGGUCAAAGCAGCAUCCGGUCGAUCUAUUGUUGUGCGGCAAUCCCUAUUGGGCCAGCUGGCUCACUGAUACCAUUCCUCUGGGACGCGGUCUCCCUCUUCUCAAAGAGACAGUGUUCGGAUAUGUUGUCGUUGGAGAACAUGAACCAGUACCUCCUCCUGAUGACCUAGAUUCUGUAUGCUUGUCCACUACUGCUCUCAAUGAGACUCUACGACGCUUCUGGGAGAUCGAAAAUUUGCCUACUGACGAAGACGUUACUGACGAUCAACGCGCUGCUGAGCAUCACUUUGUGACCACCCAUUCUCGCAAUUCAGAGGGUCGCUUUGUAGUCCAACUGCCAUUCCGAGAAAAUCCUAAUGUCUUAGGAGAUUCACGUUCUCUUGCUAUUCGUCAACUUCUAGCACUGGAACGGAGAUUUCAAAAGAAGCCUGGGCUUCGAACACUUUACAAUGAGGUCAUGAAUGAACAGCUCAAGCAAGGUUGGGUUGAGCCUGUUCCUGCGGGGUCUUAUUCCUCACCUACUUACUACAUGCCUCACCACGGAGUGCUAAAAGAUUCAACAACCACCAAGCUUCGCAUUGUCUUCAAUGCAAGUGCAAAAACCUCUAAUGGUCUCUGUCUCAAUCAUUUGCUGCGAGUGGGCCCGACGGUCCAACCUACUUUAGCAGAGACCCUCUUGCGCUUCCGGCGUUGCCAAUUUGCACUUACAGCAGACAUCAGCAAAAUGUAUCUGCAGGUGGUUUUAGAUCCGUCACACUCAGAUUUUCAGAGGUUUGUGUGGCGCCCUGAUAAAUCUCAACCCAUACAAGACUACAGAGUCACACGCGUCUGCUUCGGUGUCGCCUCUAGCCCUUUUCUGGCCACCAGAGCCCUAUUACAGUUGGCCCAAGAACACCAACAGUCGCAUCCGCUUGCAUCCAUGGCUCUCCGGCGUUCAUUUUAUGUUGACGACUGUCUUGUAUCUACCGAUUCCCUCGAUGAAGCCAUACUCAUUAAAUCCCAGCUCAUUGAUGUGCUCCAGAGUGCAGGAUUCCAACUAGCUAAAUGGACAAGCAAUCAUUCUCAGUUGAUGCCCUCCUGCGUUGCUAAUUCCAGAGGUGAUGUCAACAUUGGGGAGUCCUUGUCAAGUGCUCUCGGCCUUAAAUGGGAUCCACACACGGAUUGUUUCAAGUUCUACUCCCCAAUAUCUCCAUCAGAGGAAUGCAAAACCAAAAGACAGAUGACUGCUGCAAUAGCACGCUUAUUUGAUCCAAUCGGUCUCGUUGGCCCAAUCAUCGUUGUAGCCAAAAUCCUUUUACAGGAUGUUCACCGCCAAACCAAGGGAUGGGACGAUGAAUUCCCAACAGAGAUAUCAAAGUCUUGGCAAGACUAUGUGAUCAAUUUGCAGCAUAUUGAUGAAGUCUCUGUCCCCAGAUGGAUAUCCUCUAUUGCUAAUCCUAUCAGAGUGGAGCUACACAUUUUCUGUGAUGCAAGCCUCAAAGCAUAUGGAGCAGCAGCAUAUAUUGUUACACAGGACUCCGCGGACAAUCGAUGCUCCCAGUUGUUGACAUCCAAGUCCCGAGUUGCGCCUCUUAAACCGCAAUUGACGAUCCCUCGUCUCGAGCUCUGUGGAGCUCAUCUGGCUGGAGAAUUAGCUCGCAAAAUCGAAACUAUUUACAAUCCUGCUGAAACUCAUUUCUGGUGUGAUUCUAUGGUCGUGCUGCACUGGUUACACAGUACUACGGAUAAUUUCAAAAUAUUCAUCGCGAAGCGUGUCAAGGAGACCUUAGCAGUGUCGAAAACGUCUCAAUGGCGCCAUGUUUCCACCAAGAUGAACCCAGCAGAUCUUAUCUCGCGUGGGGCUUCUCCCAGACAACUUUCCGAUUCGUCGUUGUGGUGGAAUGGACCGUCAUGGUUACUAGAAUCUCAGGAGUCGUGGCCUCCAGAGUUCAAUAAGGAUUCAUUUCCUCACACAGACCCUACAGUACUAGUUGAGACGUCAUCGGGCGAGGAACGGUCAAUUUUAUCCAAGUUGUUGGGUCAUGCUUCCUCUUUGGACAAGUUGCAGCGUCUUACUGUGCACUGGCUUCGGUUUAUCAAGCAAUCAAUACCGGAGGGAAGUCGUCAUUCGGGACCAAUCUCUGCUGAAGAAUUGGAGAAAGGACUCAAAGUCCUAAUUCGUAUGGACCAGACUGAAAAUUUUCCGGGCCUAAUGAGACAUCUUACUGCCCAGAAAACUGUCAUGAAUUCCAAAUGGAAACAGCUUGGGUCCCUCACUCCGUUUGUUGAUCCCGAUGGUAUCAUCCGUGUUGGUGGGAGACUGGAGCAGUCUGAUGAAACCUUUUCAACCAAGCAUCCGAUUAUCCUUCCUAAGUCUCGCUUAACCGACCUCAUCAUUGAAAAAGAGCACUUGCGGCAACUUCAUGCGGGGCCGUCGCUCCUCUUGGCUACAGUACGUCAGAGGUUUUGGCCUAUCGGAGGUCGUAAUUCUACCAGAAAGAUAAUCCGUCGCUGUGUAAGAUGUCGCCGAGCAAAUCCGAAGCCACUCACUCAAUUGAUGGGUCAACUGCCUCAUCAUCGGGUUAAAUAUUUUCGUCCGUUUCAAUCUACUGGAGUAGAUUUUGCUGGACCCAUCCAGUAUCGUCCAUCGGUGCCUCGGGGAGUGGCCCAAAGAAAUGUCGGACUUUGCAAAGGAUACAUUGCCGUCUUCGUGUGCAUGGCCAGCAAAGCCGUGCAUCUUGAAUUCGUAACGAGUUUAUCGACUGAGGCUUUUCUGGCAUCUUUUCGCCGCUUCGCAGCGAGACGGAAUACACCACGCAACAUGUUUUCCGACCAUGGGAAAAACUUUGAAGGCGCAGCACGUGAGAUAGCUCGUUUGUACCAGCAAGAGCAAUUUCAACGAGAGAUUCAGUCACAAACUUCUGGCGAUGGUGUGAUUUGGCAAUUUAAUCCACCAAGGGCUCCCCAUCAUGGUGGCUUGUGGGAAGCAUGUGUGAAAAGCGUCAAGCAUCAUCUCACUAGAAUCUCUCAACAUGCGACUCUUUCUUAUGAGGAAAUCUCUACAGUUUUAUGCCAGAUAGAAGCAAUUCUAAACAGCCGCCCAAUUUGUCGUAUCUCUAAUGACCCUAAUGAACUAUCAUUUCUGACCCCAGGGCAUUUUCUCACUGGCGCACCAGGAAAUGCUCCGCCAGACCCUGAUGUUAUCCAUGUUCCUGUGAACAGAUUGUCUUGUUGGCAGUUGUGUCAGCAUCGAGCUCAAACGUUUGGCCAAAAGUUUAGAGUCUUCUAUUUGAACACUCUCCAACAACGAAACAAAUGGAGGUGCGAUCAGCCAAACAUUGCCCCACAGGAUGUUGUGCUUAUGCUGGAUGAAACACAGACUGGUAGCAAAUGGAUAUUGGGUCAAGUGGAAACGGUCACAUCUGGAAAGGAUGGGCGUGUACGCGUCGUUUCAGUGAGAACUCCACAAGGACUUUAUGUGCGCCCGAUCACAAAAAUUGCACGGCUUCUUGAUGAGGAUCCAGAUGUGUGCUCCAACCAAUCGACAGAUCAGUCGGAGCACCCGGGGGAGAAUGUUUAA